AUGCACAAAACAUAGCGAUUUGUUUAAAUAAUAGGCGUCUCGUCCGCGUAAAAAUAUAAUAAUAACAACAGCAGUACGAUGGUAGGGGUUGCAGGCGGCGGCAAGUCCCUCGUCGGUGCGUCAACCGUCUGAUGACUCGUAUUAUAUUAUGUUUCGUGUUUAGGAGUCGUGCCGACACACAAGCGCAGUCAUAUCUUACGCGGCAACGAGUCCGAAGCAAAAGUCAAUACGAUUGCGGGCGAGAGACCGACACAACGAUAAAAUAAUAAUAUUAUUUAUCGACGGUUGAAUAUUUAACGAUUUCGUCGUUUCGCGUCAACCUUACCUUUUACCCGUUUAUAGGUAGAAUAUCGAUUUUUAUUGCGUUAAUACCGCAUCGCCAUUAUCGGGCGUGAGUACUCGUGUAUAAUAAUACGUCUCGUGCGAUAGUUGUACGCAGCCGCAGCUGAUACGCGGGUGAUGUAAAUAAACGACACAGUAAAUAUUGUUGUUGUUGUUAUUAUUAUUAUUAUUGUUGUUGUUGUUAUUGAGUAAAAAUAACUUAAAUAUUUCCAGCGUGCGUUUUUAUUCGUACGCUUGUUUUUGUGUUUAUUUAUAUUUUUUUUAUCAUCCAGACCGCGUUUUCGACAAAUCGCCAUUGCGUUUUUUUAGUCACAAGUGUCUUGAAACGGUCCCGCGACUGGUCGUCAUGGCCCAGAGUUGAGAUGCUUCGGGGGCCCAGGGUUUCGUGCUUUUGGAAUCGCUAUUAAACGUAUAUAUAUUUGUGCUAAAAAACCGAGUAAAAUGUUUAACUUCUUAUUGACCUGUGACACGUACUCACUUGCGGUGACCGUGUUGUUGGUGAUCGUGCUCCUGUAUUGGGUGUUCGAAGUACACUAUUUUGCCCGGACGUUGUGGUGCGCGACCAUGUGCCGGAUCCUUAAGAAGUACGUGCACAUACUGGACACCACUUCUUAUUCUUCAGCAUGCCUGACCACGGACGUCGACUUCCUGCUGUUCCACAUGAACAAUUCGAGAUAUCUGCGGGAGGUGGAUUUCGCCCGGACCGAAUUCUACAUGCGCACUGGGCUGUGGAAAGCGAUCCGGGACAAGGGUGGGCUUCCUGUGCAGGGCGGAACAAGCAUCCGGUAUCGUAAGUUCAUCCGGACGUUCAGUUUGUACAGCAUAUCGUCCCGGAUCGUUUACUGGGACCAAGACUCGAUUUAUAUGGAGCAUAGGUUUGUGAGUCGAGGCGACAACUUCAUCAACGCCAUUGUUCAUUGUCGACAGAGGGUGAUUAAUUGUGACGUUGAGAUGCUGAUGAGUGAACUACUGGCCAAGCACACCAAGGAGAUGCCUGGCGUUCAGGAGGUGCCCCGGAUGAAGCCCGAGUGCCCUUUGGAAGUCCACCACUGGAUCCAAUCGAACAUUGUAUCUAGUACUAAUUUACGCAACGGAAAUUGAUAGAGAUUGCGCUUCCCCGAAAACUUCCUUUCACACCACAUCCAAGACCUUUCGAGUACUGUCAUCGAGCCGACUCGCGGAGGUGAGUUCGUCAAGGCCUGCCGCCAGCAUACGCUGGUUUAAGACUGUCCUGAGGUCAACGACAAUGACUUAAAGGACAGUUUCAAGUUCCGAUAACAACGAUGCAUCUCUUAAAACGUUCCUGUUUGGAAUCCAGUAGGUUUACGUGGUUUUUUCGAUUUUGUUUACUUGUUCAUACCGGAGCGUUAAAUUACGCGGUUUUAAAACCACGAUGACAGAACUAAUAAUGAUAUUUAAUCACAUUUUAAUAAUUACAUUUUUCGACUGAAUUUUAACGUCACUUUAUGCCGUUAUGUGAUCAUUAUUAACUUAGGUGUUAUGUUUUGUGUAAUUAAUUUUAACAAAUCGCAUUUGUCUGUGCCUUUGAUCAAAAUAUUGCUUAGUCGUGCUAUACAAUUUGUUAUUAUUUUGGGAAUGAUGAAAGCUUGGCAUUUUAUGUUAAUUACAUUAAAUUAUUGUAACUG